AGCAGAUACACGGGCCUUAUCGGAUCGAAGAAUACAUCGAAAUUUUAAUCACAACUCACUAUGGCCGCUACCACCACCAAGCUUACGGCACUCCGCAGUCUUAUGCAAAAGCACACAUUAGCAGCGCUGAUUGUACCAUCAGAGGAUGCACAUCAGAGCGAGUAUGUUGCCAGUGCGUUUGAGCGCAGAGCUUUUAUCAGCGGCUUCACGGGCUCAGCCGGGACUGCUGUCGUGACUACUUCAGCUGCUUGCAUGUGGACUGAUGGAAGAUACUUCCUACAGGCCGCAGAGGAAAUGGACGAGAAUUGGACCCUCAUGCGUACAGGUUCGAAAGGUGUACCUACUAAAGAAGAGUGGCUGUGCGACAGUCUCCCUGCGAAGAGUUCUGUGGGGGUUGAUACGUCUCUGAUCCCCUACAAACAGUACAGGGGAUUGAUGAAGUCUUUGCGUAGAAGUGGCCACACCCUGGUCCCGUUGUCUAGGCGUAAUCUUGUUGAUGAGAUUUGGGAGGAUAUGGACCGCCCGCCCUUGCCCAAAUCCGAGGUGUUCCAUCUGCCUGACGACACCACUGGACAAACCGUAGCCGUGAAGAUCCAGAUUGCACGAGAAAAUAUGGCGAAGAAAAAAUGCAACGCUCUGGUUCUGACCAUGUUGGAUGAGGUCGCGUGGUUCGUGAACAUGCGCGCUAGUGAUGUUGAGUUUAAUCCCGUGUUCUACUCAUAUCUGCUGCUGACGGAGGAGAGUGCCACCUGCUAUGUGGAUGCUGACCGGAUGAGCAACAAGGCCAAGGCUAGCAUUGCAAACAUUGUGGAACUGAAGCCGUACGAUGCCAUUCUCGAGGAUAUCAAAAAUCUGCCCAGUGAUAAGAAAGUGUGGGUGAGUGACAAGUGCAGCUACGGCGUGGCGUCGCUCGUUGCUAAAGAAAACUUAGUAGUGGAGCCCACGCCCGUGUGCAUCGCCAAGGGCCGCAAGAACGAUGCGGAGAUGAGAGGAGCCAUCAGUGCACAUGUGCGUGAUGGGGCAGCGCUGUGUUGUUAUCUCGCGUGGCUGGAACAGGGAGGUAGAGGCACUGAGGUGGAAGUGGCGACUGUGUUGGAGAACUACAGAAAAGAACAGGAACUGUUCAUGGGGUUAAGUUUCCCCACGAUAUCGGGCGCCGGCCCCAACGGAGCCAUCAUCCACUACAGACCAGAGAAGGAAACUGCGGCACAGGUUACGGACAGCGCCUUGUACUUGUGCGACUCUGGAGCUCAAUAUUUAGAUGGGACCACAGAUGUGACGAGGACUGUGCACUUGGGUACACCCACUGAACGCGAACGAGACUGCUACACUCGAGUACUCAAGGGUCACGUACAGCUGGCCAUGGCUGUCUUCCCACAUGGUACUCCAGGAAUCAUGCUCGACGCUCUCGCGCGAACACCGCUCUGGAGGGCUGGGUUGGACUAUAGACACGGCACAGGUCACGGGGUGGGGGCGUUCUUGAAUGUACACGAAGGUCCCCACUCCAUCGCACCACGACCCGCAUCGCAGAUGACGCAGGUGCCGCUCGAAGAGGGCAUGCUGGUAUCAAAUGAGCCUGGAUACUACGAGGAUGGGGCGUUUGGCAUUCGCAUUGAGAACGUUGUGGCUGUCGUCAAGGCCCACACCGAACACCAAUUUGGAGGUGUACAAUACCUGACAUUUAAGGACCUGACCAUGGCGCCCUACCAGCGACGAUUAAUCGAUACAUCACUCCUAUCGGUUGAGGAGAUCGCUCACAUCAACAACUACCAUUGGACCAUCUACGAGCAAGUAUCGCCUCUUCUGAAUGAACAGGGUAAGACGUGUGCUCUGAUGUGGCUCAAAGAAGCCUGCCGACCAUUGUAAUCCACGUUGUGGAGGGACCACAAUGCACAAGUAAGCCCCUGGUUCGCACAGGGUAUUAAACACCUCACACCACUGUGAUGAUAGAUUGAACCAAGCCGUUCACUGGGCUGGACCCGUAACUGGUACAAACCUAAAAAAGGGAUUGGUAGAGUGGGGACUGUGGCUGGCAGCCUCGCGUACAGUCUUAGCGACCCCUGCUUCGCAUAUACUGCUGUUCCACUUAACUUGUACUGAAUGGAUUGGUGAAUAAAGCAAGUGUUUACC